CAUUAACCUCCACACUUCCCCUCUGUCAACCUUCAUAUACAGAGGAACUAGAAGCGUUCUUUUCAUUUCACUUUUAUCAGACACCACAUCUGCCAAGACUUAUAUCUCUUUAGUGGGGAAUAACAGACAUGAACAAACAAGGUGGGAAAGCAUAUGGAAUGCUCAAAUCCCAACAAGACGACAAACUGAACUCCAUCAAUGAGAUGUACCUUACUGAUUCUAAGUAUGCUGAUGUGGAAUACCUGCAGUCCAAACUGGAAUCUUUCAAACACAAAUACAUGGAGUUUGACCUUAAUGACCAAGGAGAAAUAGACAUUAUGGGUCUAAAACGAAUGCUGGAGAAGUUGGGUGUUGCCAAGACUCAUCUUGAACUAAAGAAGAUGAUGUCUGAAGUGGUGGGAGAUAAAGAGUCCAGGGACACCAUCAGCUACACUGAUUUCCUUAACAUGAUGCUUGGGAAGAGGAAUGCAAUAUUAAGGCUGAUUCUAAUGUAUGAAGAAAAAGCAAAGGAGCAAGAGCCCAAGAACACUGGCCCACCACCUCCCAAAACCUUUGCUGAUCUCCCAUAAAUUCAAAAUGAUUCAAGUUAGGAUAUGGCCUUCAGUAUUAUCUGAGACAUCAUAUUAUUCUAUUAUAGACAAUGAAUCAAGUUGUUUAACGUGUAAGGCUACAAGUAAGAUAAGGACGACACAGCGUUCGGGUAGCAGAAGUUAAUGCACAUUCAAGGUGGUAAUGUGACCAGAACGCCAAAUGGUCAUUACACCUUGAGGUACAUUAACUUCUGCUUUCUGAAAAAAGUCCAUUAUCCUGCUUAUACCACUGUUGCCACACUUGCAUUAUGUAGCUUAUGGCCUCCUUACACCAAACAACUUUGACAAGAUUUGGGAAAGAUUCUUGAAAGAUUGUAGUCUUUUGAGUAACGCUUGAAUGGGGGGUAUUAGUUAAAAGACUACAAUCUUUCAAGAAUCUUUUUCCAAAUCUUGUCAAAGUUGUUUGGUGUAAGGAGGCCAUAAGCUGAUAAUAUUUCCACGUUUUGAUCACUAAAACAGAAUUGCUCGUAGAACUACUUCACCACACCUCACCACAUAUUCUCUAUUUUCUUAACUUACAGGACACACUGCCAUUACUAGUUCAAAAUGUGUGGUUGCUUUGGCCAGCACAGCCCCCCAAUAUGACAUGGGCUCCCCUGAAAAAGUGAUGUGAAAUAUUGGGAGUCUCUAAAAUCUGGAUGAUGCUAUUAUGCCAUGCAAUUUUGCAGUUUCCUGGAUCAGACAUAAAAUCAUAUCUUCACAUAUUGAUUUAUCACUAAUUCCCUUAAAUAAAGAUACUGACAUGCAUGCUA